UAUUUCAAGUAGUGUGUUUUAUUCCAUAUUUCAAGUAGCGUGAUGGUACUGCUUAACAAAAGAACAGACAUUGCUGUUCCGGGUUAACAGGACUAAGAAUUUGUUCCCACAUUCGGUCAGCACCAAGGCUAAGGAACAGCUUCACUCUCUAAUCUUUCCACGAAAUAGCUGUCACCUUGCUCCGGUGCUGAAGUUCGGGACGCCGAACCAGCUGAGCAUGCGUACUUCCUCCUUGCAGGCCCUCCCUCCGUCCCGUUGGCUCCGCCCUCCGCGGACGUGCUGCGUCAGAACGCGUCUCACCCCUGGCGACCCCGGAAGUGGGUCGGGGGCUUGGCCUCUGCCCGGCCACAGAGCCGGAGCUGGAGGUGCAGUCCCGUCCGGCGGCGAUCCUCGGGCAGGGCCCGGGGCCGGAGUUUGAAGAUGCUGAACGUCCCUUCCCAGUCUUUCCCGGCCCCCAGGUCGCAGCAGCGUGUCGCCUCCGGGGGGCGUAGCAAGGUACCUUUAAAACAGGGCAGAAGCCUUAUGGAUUGGAUUCGACUGACCAAAAGUAGAAAGGAUCUAACGGGAUUAAAAGGCAGGUUAAUUGAAGUAACUGAAGAAGAACUUAAGAAACACAACAAAAAAGAUGAUUGUUGGAUAUGCAUAAGAGGUUUCGUUUAUAAUGUCAGCCCUUAUAUGGAGUAUCAUCCUGGUGGAGAAGAUGAACUAAUGAGAGCAGCAGGAUCAGAUGGUACUGAACUUUUUGAUCAGGUUCAUCGUUGGGUCAAUUAUGAAUCCAUGCUGAAAGAAUGCCUGGUUGGCAGAAUGGCCAUUAAACCUACUGUUCUGAAAGACUAUCGUGAGGAGGAAAAGAAAGUCUUAAAUGGCAUGCUUCCCAAGAGCCAAGUGACAGAUACACUUGCCAAAGAAGGUCCUAGUUAUCCAAGCUAUGAUUGGUUCCAAACAGACUCUUUAGUCACCAUUGCCAUAUAUACUAAACAGAAGGAUAUCAAUUUAGACUCAAUAAUAGUUGAUCAUCAGAAUGAUUCCUUUAGAGCAGAAACAAUUAUUAAGGAUUGUUUAUAUCUUAUACAUAUUGGGCUAAGCCAUGAGGUUCAGGAAGAUUUUUCUGUGCGGGUUGUUGAGAGUGUGGGAAAAAUAGAGAUUGUUCUAAAAAAAAAAGAGAAUACUUCUUGGGACUUUCUUGGCCAUCCCCUGAAGAAUCAUAAUUCACUUAUUCCAAGGAAAGAUACAGGUUUGUACUACAGAAAGUGCCAGUUAAUUUCCAAGGAAGAUGUUACUCAUGAUACGAGGCUUUUCUGUUUGAUGCUGCCACCAAGCACUCAUCUUCAAGUGCCCAUUGGGCAACAUGUUUACCUCAAGCUGUCUGUUACAGGUACAGAAAUAGUAAAGCCAUAUACACCUGUAUCUGGUUCCUUACUCGCAGAGUUCAAGGAACCAGUUCUUCCCAACAAUAAAUACAUCUACUUUUUGAUAAAAAUCUAUCCCACUGGACUCUUCACAUCAGAGCUUGAUCGUCUUCAGAUUGGAGAUUUUGUUUCUGUAAGCAGUCCUGAGGGCAAUUUUAAAAUAUCCAAGUUCCAAGAAUUAGAAGAUCUCUUUUUGUUGGCAGCUGGAACAGGCUUCACACCAAUGGUUAAAAUACUGAAUUAUGCUUUGACUGAUAUACCCAGUCUCAGGAAAGUGAAGCUGAUGUUCUUCAAUAAAACAGAGGAUGAUAUAAUUUGGAGAAGCCAAUUGGAGAAAUUAGCAUUUAAAGAUAAAAGGCAAGAUGGCCGACUAGGAACAGCUCCGGUCUGCAGCUCCCAGCAAGACCAACACAGAAGGCGGGUGAUUUCUGCAUUUCCAACUGAGAUACCUGGUUCAUCUCAUUGGGACUGGUUAUACAGUGGGUGCAGCCCAUGGAGGGUGGGCAGAAGCAUGGUGGGGUGUUGUCUCACCCGGCAUGCUCAAGUGGUUGGCACUAGCCAAGGGAAGCCAUGAGGGACUGUGCCAUGAGUGACUGUGCUAUCCAGCCCAGAUACUACGCUUUUUCCACAGUCUUCACAACCGGCAGACCAGGAGAUUCCCUUGGGUGCCUACACCACCCAGGGCCUUGGGUUUCAAGCACAAACUUGGGCGGCCAUUUGGGCAGACACCAAGCUAGCUGCAGGAGUUUUUUUUGGUGCCCCAGUGGCGCCUGGAACACCAGAGAGACAGAACCAUUCACUCCCCUGGAAAGGGGGCUGAAGCCGGGGAGCCAAGUGGUCUUGCUCAGUGGAUCCUACCCCAACAGAGCCCAGCAAGCUAAGAUCCACUGGCUUGAAAUUCUCACUGCAAGCACAGCAGUUUGAAGUUGAUGGGGGACACUCAAGCCUGGUGAGGGGAGGGGCGUCCACCAUUACUGAGGCUUGAGUAGGUGGUUUUCCACUCACAGUGUAAAAAAAGCCACUGGGAAGUUCAGACUAGGCGGAGCCCACCACAGCACCGAAAAGCCAUGAUAGCCAGACUGCCUCUCUAGAUUCCUCCUCUCUGCAGGGCACCUCUGAAAGAAAGGCAGCAGCCCCAAUCAGAGGCUUAUAGAUAAAAUUCCCAUCUCCCUGGGACAGAGCACCUGGGGGAAGGGACAGCUGUGGGCACAGCUUCAGCAGACUUAAAUAUUCCUGCCUGCUGGCUCUGAAGAGAGCAGUGGAUCUCCCAGCACAGUGCUUGAGUUCUGCUAAGUGACAGACUGCCUCUUCAAGUGGGUCCCUGACCCCUGAGCCUCCUGAUGGGGAGACACCCCCCAGCAGGGGUCAACAGAAACCUCAUACAGGAGAGCUCUGGCUGGCAUUUGGUGGGUGCUCUCUGGGAUGAAGCUUCCAGAGGAAGGAACAGGCAGCAAUCUUUGCUGUUCUGCAGCCUCUGCUGGUGAUACCCAGGAAAACGGUCUAGAGUGGACCCCCAGCAAACUCCAGCAGACCUGUAGCAGAGGGGCCUGACUGUUAUAAGGUAAACUAACAAACAGAAAGCAAUAUCAUCAACAUCAAAAAAAAAGGAUGACCAAGCAAACACUCCAUCCAAAGGUCACCAACAGCAAAGACCAAAGGUAGAUAAAUCCACGAAGUUGAGGAAAAACCUAUGCAAAAAGGCUGAAAAUGCCAAAAACCAGAAUGCCUCUUCUUCUCCAAAGGAUCACAACUCCUCACUAGCAAGGGAACAAAACUGGACGGAUGAUGAAUUUGACAAAUUGACAGAAGUAGGCUUCAGAAGGUGGGUAAUAACAAACUCCUGAAGGAGCAUGUUCUAACCCAAUGCAAGGAAGCUAAGAACCUUGACAGAAGGUUAGAGGAGUAUCUAACUAGAAUAACCAGUUUAGAGAAGAACAUAAAUGACAUGAUGGAACUGAAAAACACAGCACGAGAACAUCGUGAAGCAUACACAAGUGUCCAUAGCUGAAUCGAUCAAGUGGAAGAAAGGAUAUCAGAGAUUGAAGACCAACUCAAUGAAAUAAAGUGAGAAGACAAGAUCAGAGAAAAAAGAAUGAAAAGUAAUGAACAAAGCCUCCAAGAAAUAUGGGACUACAUUUGGUGUACCUGAAAGUGACAGGGAGAAUGGAACCAAGUUGGAAAAUACACUUCUGGAUACUAUCCAAGAGAACUUCCCCAACCUAGCAACACAGGCCAACAUUCAACUUCAGGAAAUACAGAGAACAUCACAAAGAUACUUCUUGAGAAGAGCAACCCCAAGACAUAAUCGUCAGAUUCACCAAGGUUGAAAUGAAGGAAAAAAUGUUAAGGGCAGCCAGAGAGGAAGGUCGGGUUACCCACAAAGGGAAGCCCAUCAGUCUAACAGGGGAUCUCUCUGCAGAAACCCUACAAACUAGAAGAGAGUGGGGGCCAAUAUUCUACAUUCUUAAAGAAAAGAGUUUUUAACCCAGAAUUUCAUAUCCAGCCAAAUUAAGCUUCAUAAGCAAAGGAGAAAUAAAAUCCUUUAAAGACAAGCAAAUGCUGAGGGAUUUUGUCACCACCAGGCCUGCCUUACAAGAGUUCCUGAAGGAAGUGCUAAAUAUGAAAAAGAAAAACUGGUACCAGCCACUGCAGAAACAUAGCAGAAUGUAAAGACCAUUGAAACUAUGAAGAAAAUGCAUCAACUAAUGGGCAAAAUAACCAGCUAGCAUCAUAAUGACAGGAUCAAAUUCACACAUAACUGUAGUAACCUUAAAUGUAAAUGGGCUAAAUGCCCCAAUUAAAAGGCACAGUUUGGCAAAUUGGUUAAAGAGUCAAGACCCAUCAGUGUGCUGUGUUCAGGAGACCCAUCUCAUGUGCAAAGACAUACAUAGGCUCAAAAUAAAGGGUUGGAGGAAGAUUUACCAAGCCAAUAGAAAGCAAAAAAAAAGCAGGAGUUGCAGUCCUAGUCUCUGAUAAAAUAGACUUUAAACCAACAAAGAUCAAAAAAGACAAGGGCAUUACAUAAUGCUAAAGGGAUUAAUGAGAAGAGCUAACUGUCCUAAAUAUAUAUGCACCCAAUACAGGAGCACCCAGAUUCAUAAAGCAAGUUCUUAGAGACCUACAAAGAGACACUUUCACACAAUAAUAGUGGGAGACUUUAACACCCUACUGUCAGUAUUAAACAGAUCAACGAGACAGAAAAUUAAUAAGGAUAUUCAGGACUUGAACUCAGCUCUGAACCAAGCAGACCUAAUAGACAUCUAUGGAACUCUUCACCCCAAAUCAACAGAAUAUACAUUCUUCACAGCACCACAUAGCACUUAUUCUAAAAUCGACCACGUAAUUGGAAGUAAAACACUCCUCAGCAAAUGCAAAGGAACAGAAAUUGUAACAGUCUCCCAGACCACAGUGCAAUCAAAUUAGAACUCAGGAUUAAGAAACUCACUCAAAACAGCACAACUACAUGGAAACUAAACAACCUGCUCCUGAAUGACUACUGUGUAAAUAACGAAAUUAAGGCAGAAAUAAAUAAGUUCUUUGAAACCAAUGAGAACAAAGACACAACGUACCAGAAUCUCUGGGACACAGCUAAAGCAGUGUAUAGAGGGAAAUUUAUAUCACAAAAUGCCUACAGGAGAAAGCGGGAAAGAUCUAAAAUAGACACCCUAACAUCACAAUGAGAAGAACUAGAGAAGCAACAGCAAACAAAUUCAAAAGCUGGCAGAAGACAAGAAAUAACUAAGAUCAGAGAAAAACAUAAGGAGAUAGAGACUUGAAAAACCCUUCAAAAAAUCAAUGAAUCCAGGAGCUGGUAUUUUGAAAAGAAUAACAGAAUGGAUAGACUGCUAGCCUGACUAAUAAAGAAGAAAAGAGAGAAGAAUCAAAUAGAUACAAUAAAAAAUGAUAAAGGGGAGAUCACCACUGAUCCCACAGAAAUACAGACUACCAUCAGAGAAUACUAUAAACAACUCUACACAAAUAGAGUAGAAGAUCUAGAAGAAAUGGAUAAAUUCCUGGACACAUACCCCCUUCCAAGACCAAACCAGGAAGAAGCUAAAUCCUUGAAUAGACCAGUAACAAGUUCUGAAAUUGAGGUAGUAAUUAAUAGCCUACCAAACAAAAAAAGCUCAGGACCAGACGGAUUUACAGCUGAAUUCUACCAGAGAUACAAAGAGGAGCUGGUACCAUUCCUUCUGAAACUAUUGCAAACAAUAGAAAAAGAGGGAAUCCUCCCUAACUCAGUUUAUGAGGCCAGCAUCAUCCUGAUACCAAAACCUGGCAGAGACGCAACAAAAAAAGAAAAUUUCAGGCCAGUAUCCCUGAUGAACAUCGAUGCAAAAAUCCUCAAUAAAAACUUGCAAACUGAAUCCAGCAGCACAUUAAAAAGCUUUUCCACCACAAUCAAGUCGGCUUUAUCCCUGGGAUGCAAGGCUGAUUCAACAUACACGAAUCAAUAAACAUAAUGCAUCGCAUAAACAGAACUAAUGACAAAAACCACAUGAUGAUCUCAAUAGAUGCAGAAAAGGCCUUCAAUAAAAUUCAACACCUCUUCAUGCUAAAAACACUCAAACUAGGUAUUGAUGGAACAUAUCUCAAAAUAACAAGAGCUAUUUAUGACAAACCCACAUCUGAUAUCAUGCUGAAUGGGCAAAAGCUGGAAGCAUUCCCUUUGAAAACUGGCACAAGACAAGGAUAUCCCCUCUCACCACUCCUAUUCAACAUAGUAUUGCAAGUUCUGGCCAGGGCAGUCAAGCAAGAGAAAGAAAGAAAGGGUAUUCAAAUAGGAAAACAGGAAGUCAAAUUAUCUCUGUUUCCAGAUGACAUGAUUGUAUAUUUAAAAAACGCCAUCAUCUGAGCCCAAAAACUCUUUAAGCUGAUAAGCAACUUCAGCAAAGUCUCAGGAUACAAAAUCAAUUGUGCAAAAGUCAUAAGCAUUCCUAUACACCAAUAAUAGAGAGCCAAAUCAUGAGUGAACUCCCAUUCACAAAUGCUACAAAGAGAAUAAAAUACCUAGGAAUCCAACUUACAAGAGAUGUGAAGGACCUCUUCAAGGAGAACUACAAACCACUACUCAAGGAAAUAAGAGAGGACACAAACAAAUGGAAAAACAUUCCAUGCUGAUGGGUAGGAAGAAUCAAUAUGAAAAUGGCCAUACUGCCCAAAGUAAUUUAUAGAUUUAAUGCCAUCCCCAUCAAGCUACCAUUGACUUUCUUCACAGAAUUAGAAAAAAACUAUUUUAAAUUUCAUAUGGAACCAAAAAAGAGCUUGUAUAGCCAAGACAAUCCUAAGCAAAAGGAACAAAGCUGGAGGCAUCAUGCUACCUGACUUCAAACUAUACUGCAAGACCACAGUAACCAAAACAGCAUGGUACUGGUACCAAAACAGAUAUACAGACUAGUGGAACAGAAUAGGGGUCUCAGAAAUAAUGCCGCGCAUUUACAACCAUCUGAUCUUCCACAAACCUAACAAAAACAAGCAAUAGGGAAAGGAUUCCCUAUUUAAUCAAUGGUGUUGGGAAAAGUGACUAGCCAUAUGCACAAAACUGAAACUGGACCCUUCCUUACACCUUAUACAAAAAUUAAGAUGGAUUAAAGAUUUAAAUGUAAAAUCUAAAACCAUAAAAACCCUAGAAGAAAACUUAGGUAAUACCAUUCAGGACACAAGCAUGGGCAAAGACUUCAUGACUAAAACUCCAAAAGCAAUUGCAACAAAAGCCAAAAUUGACAAAUGGGAUCUAAUUAAGAGCUUCUGCAUAGCAAAAUAAAUUAUCAUCAGAGUGAACAGGCAACCUACAGAAUAGGAGAAAAUGUUUGCAAUCUAUCCAUCUGACAAAGGGCUAAUAUCCAGAAUCUACAAGGAGCUUAAACAAAUUUACAAGAAAAAAAAAAUCCCAUCAGAAAGUGUGGGUGAAGGAUAUGAACAGAAGACAUUUUUAAUAGAAGACAUUUAUGCAGCCAACAAACAUACUGGUCAUUAGAGAAAUGCAAGUCAAAACCGCAGUGAGGUACCAUCUCACAUCAUUAGAAUGGCGAUCAUUUAAAAAGUCAGGAAACAAUAUGCUAGAGAGGGUGUGGAGAAAUAGGAACACUUUUACACUGUUGGUGGGAGUGUAAAUUAGUUCAACCAUUGUGGAAGACAGUAUGGUGAUUUCUUAAGGUUUUAGAACCAGAAAUACCAUUAGACCCAGCAAUGCCAUUACUGGUUAUAUACCCAAAGCAUGAUAAAUCAUUCUACUGUAAAGGUUCAUGCACAUGUAUGUUUAUUGCAGCACUAUUCACAAUAGCAAAGACUUGGAACCAACCUAAAUAUCCAUGAAUGAUAGACUGGAUAAAGAAAAUGUACAUUACACCAUGGAAUACUAUGCAGCCAUAAAAAAGGAUGAGCUCGUGUCCUUUGCAGGGACAUGGAUGAAGCUGGAAACCAUCAUUCUCAGCAAACUAACACAGAAACAGAAAACCAAACACCGUGUGUUCUUACUUAUAAGUGGGAGUUGAACAAUGUGAACAUAUGGGCACAGGAAGGGGAACAUCACACACCAGGGCCUGUCACAGUGGGGGCCAAAGGAAGGGAUAGAAUUAGGAGAAAUACCUAAUGUAGAUGACAGGUUGAUGGGUGCAGCAAACCACCAUGCACAUGUAUACCUAUGUAACAAACCUGCACGUUCUGCACAUGUAUCCCAGAACUUAAAGUAUAAUAAUUUUUUUAAAAAGUAAACAGACGUAGGUAGGCUUAAGAUUGUUUUUUACAAAAGUAUUUCUGAUGAU